ACUAAGUCAUCGUCUAAAAAGAAGGAAAAGAAAAAGGGUAAGAAGAAGACUGCUCCCUCACCAAAGCAACAAAUGGAUUUAAAUAUUCUGCAUCAGUAUACUCAAGAGAAAUUACAACAAGUAUCAGAAGAAAUGUCCCAGCAGUUAUCACAGUAUGUGGUUGGAGAUCUGUCGAGUAAUGAAAUGAAAUUGCCACUUACUAAACACUUAUCUCACAGAUUGCCUGCUCAGGUUGUAGCCCCAAGAGUACAUGAGCCUUAUCAAGCACUACCUCAAGAAAUGAAACCGGCAAUAAAAGUACGCAUUCCAAAACCAGGUGCCUUGGUUGAUGAGAAAAAAGAGGAAACUCCUCCUGUGAGUUCAGGAUUAAAACUUGUACUUUCUAAUGGUAAAAUAGUUAG